AUGGAGUCCAAAGGAUGCGUUGUUUACCUCAUGGACAUUCUGGCAAACACCUCCUGUGCGCUAUGGACGUCGGCGUCGAGUCUGAUAUUGGAGGUGGUGGUGAUGGGUGCUGCCGAGGCUGUAAAUGGUGGUGUAAAUGGCUGGGAUGCUGUGGCCGUCAUCCCCUUCGGCUUGGGGUGCCGGUGA